AUGAUCAUCUACAAAGAUAUCCUCUCCGGUGACGAGAUCAUUUCCGACUCUUACGAUUUGAAGGAGGUGGAUGGCACCGUCUACGAGUGUGAUUGCCAAAUGAUCACCCUUGGCGCCGUCCAAGUCAACACUGGAGCCAACGCCUCUGCUGAGGAAGCCGAAGAGGGUGUCGAGGAUGGCGCUCAACAGGUCAAUAACGUCGUCAACUCAUUCCGUCUAACGCAAAGCUCCUUCGACAAGAAGUCAUACCUCAGCCAUCUCAAGACAUACAUGAAGAAGGUCAAGGAGGCUUUGAAGGCAAAGGGAGCUGAUGAGGCUACCGUCACUGCCUUCGAGAAGGGUGCUGCUACGUAUGCCAAGAAGAUUGUUGCAAACUUCAAGGACUACGACUUCUACAUUGGCGAAUCCAUGGAUCCCGAUGGAAUGGUCGUGCUCAUGAACUACCGCGAGGACGGAACCACCCCUUUCGUCACCGUCUGGAAGCAUGGUCUCACUGAGAUGAAGGUUUAG